AUGGUCGCUUUCGAUUCCUCGACCACUGGGUCUGAAGUAGUCGCUGCGUUCUCAGAAAGAGUCUCUGGGAAGACAUUUGUGAUCACUGGAGCGAGCUAUGGAGGGCUAGGGAGCCACACAGCCCUUCUCCUGGCUGCUGCCAAUCCUGCUGAGAUUGUUCUUCUCGGGCGAUCCGAAGACAAAUCCUCCCAAGUCAUGAAGGAGAUCAGAGAAACCAGCCCCUCUACCGUUGUAAGAUUCGUCAAAAUUGACCUCAUGUCCUGCGCAUCAGUGCGAGCUGCCGCGGCGGAGAUCAAAUCGUCUAUUUCCAAGGUGGAUGUCCUCAUUAAUAACGCAGGCAUUAUGGGUGCUAGGUUUUCUUUGACUGCUGAAAACGUGGAAAGCCAUCUAGGUGCCAAUCACAUUGGUCAUUUCCUGCUCACCAACCUCCUUGUUCCGAAACUUGAAGCUUCUGGCGGCGGUGCUCGUGUCGUGAAUAUAUCCAGUGCUAUGUACGAGUUCAGCCCAGUUAUGUUCGACAAUUACAACUUCUCGAACGGCAAGACCUACAACGCUUGGACAGCUUACGGACAGUCCAAGACAGCAAAUAUUUUGUUUGCCGUUGCUCUGGCCAGCAAACUGGAGAAAAAGGGAAUAAGGUCAUAUUCAUUGCACCCUGGUGUCAUACAGACAACGGGUCUGUCGUCCGGAGUAGAUUCAGCAGCGUGGCCCAUCGUGGAACCUAUGUUUGAAAGCAAGAACAUGGAGAUGCCAAAGGAAAAGAACAUUGAGCAGGGCUGCGCAACCACCCUUGCUGCAGCUUUGGACCCCGCUCUUGAUGAUAAAUCAGGGUCAUUUCUAGAUGACUGCAAUCCACGACAGGUUUUGGAAUUCGCCUCUGACGCAUCCAAUGCGGAUAAGUUGUGGGCUCUGAGCGAGGAAAUUGUUGGAAAAAAAUUUUGCUACUGA